GUCCCGGGCCCAGGUGAAUGGAGGAACCUGACAGCUGGGGGGAGCGUGGCGGCGGCGGCGGGGAAAUGGCGGCGGCGGCGGCGGCACAAUGAGGCGCAGCCUGUAGCGGGGCGGCUCCGCACUGGGGCCCGUGCGGCAGGUUACCUAGGGUGAAACAAAAUUACAAGCUUGGAAACUCUGGAAAAGCUCAGUAUCAGCAUUCAAGCAGAAACUUGCAAAUAAUGUCAUUGACCUAUCAGCUGAUAACAUGAUGUCAAAAUGCAGUUCAGAGAACACAAACACAGAGGUCUCAGAAAUUAAAACGUAAGCUGUGCUGGAACAAAAAUGCAAUGAAAGAAACACUGGAUGAAUGAAUGGAAAGCCCUGCUUUGCAAUCCCUCAGCAUGGCAGGACUGCAGCUCAUGACCCCUGCUUCCUCCCCAAUGGGUCCUUUUUUUGGACUACCAUGGCAACAAGAAGCAAUUCAUGAUAACAUUUACACACCACGAAAAUAUCAGGUUGAACUGCUUGAAGCAGCUUUGGAUCAUAAUACUAUAGUCUGUUUAAACACUGGCUCAGGGAAGACUUUUAUUGCAGUACUACUCACUAAAGAGCUGUCCUAUCAGAUCAGGGGAGACUUCAACAAAAAUGGAAAGAGAACUGUGUUCUUAGUCAACUCUGCAAAUCAAGUUGCUCAGCAAGUGUCUGCCGUCAGGACCCAUUCAGAUCUCAAGGUGGGAGAAUAUUCAAGUUUAGAAAUAACUGAAUCAUGGACAAAGGAAAAAUGGAAUCAAGAAUUCUGUAAACAUCAGGUUCUGGUUAUGACGUGUCACAUUGCUUUGACUAUUUUAAGAAAUGAAUAUUUAUCUCUUUCAAACAUUAACCUUCUUGUGUUUGAUGAAUGCCAUCUUGCAAUCCAGGACCAUCCAUAUCGAGAAAUCAUGAAAAUUUGUGAGAAUUGUCCAUUGUGUCCUCGAAUUUUGGGAUUAACUGCUUCCAUUUUAAAUGGGAAAUGUGAUCCUGCUGAGUUAGAGGAGAAGAUUCAGAAACUGGAGAAAAUCCUAAAAAGCAAUGCAGAAACUGCAACUGAUUUGGUGGUCUUAGACAGAUAUACUUCUCAGCCAUGUGAAAUUGUGGUAGAUUGUGGACCAUAUACUGACAAAAGUGGCCUGUAUGAAAGAUUGUUAAAGGAAUUGGAUGAAGCACUUAACUUUCUAAAUGACUGCAACAUAUCUGUACAUUCUAAAGAGAGAGAUUCUACAUUAAUUUCUAAGCAGAUACUGUCAGACUGCCGAGCUGUAUUGGUUGUUCUGGGACCCUGGUGUGCAGAUAAGGUAGCUGGAAUGAUGGUGAGAGAGCUACAGAAAUAUAUUAAACAUGAGCAGGAGGAGCUGCACAGGAAAUUUUUAUUGUUUACAGACACUUUCCUAAGGAAAAUACAUGCACUCUGUGAAGAGCACUUCUCACCUGCCUCGCUUGACCUGAAAUUCGUUACCCCAAAAGUAAUAAAACUGCUUGAAAUAUUGCGCAAAUAUAAACCAUAUGAACGGCAGCAGUUUGAAAGUGUUGAGUGGUAUAACAAUAGGAAUCAAGAUAAUUAUGUUUCUUGGAGUGAUUCUGAAGAUGAUGAUGAGGAUGAAGAAAUUGAGGAGAAAGAAAAGCCAGAAACAAACUUUCCUUCUCCCUUUACUAAUAUUUUAUGUGGAAUUAUUUUUGUGGAAAGAAGAUACACAGCAGUUGUCCUGAACAGAUUAAUAAAGGAAGCAGGUAAACAAGAUCCAGAGCUGGCCUACAUCAGCAGCAAUUUUAUAACUGGACAUGGCAUUGGAAAGAAUCAACCCCGUAACAAACAGAUGGAAGUGGAAUUCAGAAAACAGGAAGAGGUACUUAGAAAAUUUCGAGCACACGAGACCAACUUACUUAUUGCUACUAGUAUUGUAGAAGAGGGUGUUGACAUACCAAAAUGCAACUUGGUGGUUCGUUUUGAUUUGCCCACAGAAUACCGUUCUUACGUGCAGUCCAAAGGAAGAGCCAGGGCACCAAUCUCAAAUUACAUCAUGUUAGCAGACACAGAUAAAAUCAAAAGUUUUGAAGAAGAUCUGAAAACCUACAAAGCUAUUGAGAAGAUCCUGAGAAACAAAUGCUCAAAGUCUGUUGAUAGUAGCGAAACUGAAACGGAACCCAUUGUGGAUGAUGAUGAUGUCUUUCCACCAUAUGUCUUGAGGCCGGAUGAGAACAGUCCAAGAGUCACAAUUAACACUGCUAUUGGACACAUCAAUAGGUACUGCGCUAGAUUACCAAGUGAUCCAUUCACUCAUCUGGCUCCUAAGUGUAAAACCAGAGAACUACCUGAUCAUACAUUUUACUCAACUCUCUACCUGCCAAUCAACUCACCUCUUCGAGCUUCAAUUGUUGGUCCUCCAAUGAGUUGCGCAAGGUUGGCUGAGAGGGUAGUGGCCCUUAUUUGUUGUGAAAAACUGCACAAAAUUGGUGAACUGGAUGAUCACUUGAUGCCAGUUGGAAAAGAAACGGUUAAGUAUGAGGAGGAGCUUGAUUUACAUGAUGAAGAAGAAACCAGUGUUCCAGGAAGACCAGGUUCUACAAAACGAAGGCAAUGCUACCCUAAAGCUAUUCCAGAAUGUUUGAGGGAUAGUUAUCCCAAACCCGAUCAGCCCUGUUAUCUAUAUGUAAUAGGAAUGGUAUUAACUACCCCUCUCCCUGAUGAGCUCAAUUUUAGGAGGCGAAAACUAUAUCCUCCUGAGGAUACAGCAAGAUGCUUUGGAAUACUGACAGCCAAGCCUAUACCUCAGAUUCCUCAUUUUCCUGUGUAUACACGCUCCGGAGAGGUUACCACAUCUAUUGAACUAAAGAAAUCUGGUUUUAUGUUGUCUUUACAAAUGCUUGAGCUGAUCACACGCCUUCACCAGUACAUUUUCUCACAUAUUCUUCGGCUUGAGAAACCUGCACUAGAGUUUAAACCUACAGAAGCUGACUCAGCCUAUUGUGUUCUACCUCUUAAUAUUGUUGAUGACUCCAGCACUUUGGACAUUGACUUUAAGUUUAUGGAAGAUAUUGAAAAAUCUGAAGCACGUACAGGCAUUCCCAGUACGCAGUAUACAAAAGAAACACCUUUUAUUUUCAAGUUAGAAGAUUACCAGGAUGCAGUUAUCAUUCCAAGGUAUCGAAAUUUUGAUCAGCCUCAUCGAUUCUAUGUAGCUGAUGUAUACACUGAUCUUACUCCACUCAGCAAAUUCCCUUCCCCUGAAUAUGAAACGUUUGCUGAAUACUAUAAAACAAAGUAUAAUCUUGACCUGACCAAUCUCAACCAGCCACUGCUGGAUGUGGACCACACAUCUUCAAGACUUAAUCUUUUAACCCCUCGCCAUUUGAAUCAGAAGGGGAAAGCUCUUCCACUAAGCAGUGCUGAGAAGAGGAAAGCUAAAUGGGAAAGUCUGCAGAAUAAGCAGAUAUUGGUUCCCGAACUCUGUGCUAUACAUCCUAUUCCAGCAUCACUGUGGAGAAAAGCAGUUUGUCUCCCCAGCAUACUUUAUCGUCUGCACUGUCUAUUGACAGCAGAAGAAUUGAGAGCCCAAACAGCCACUGAUGCUGGUGUAGGGGUUAAAUCACUUCCUGCAGAUUUCAGAUAUCCGAACCUGGACUUUGGAUGGAAAAAGUCUAUUGACAGCAAAUCCUUCAUCUCUAUUCCUAGCUCCUCUUUAGCAGAGAAUGAAAAUUACUGUAAGCACAGCACAAUUGUAGUCCCUGAAAAUGCUGCACAUCAAGGUGCUAACAGAACCUCUUCUACAGAAAAGUAUGACCAAAUGUCUGUGAAUUACAGAACAUUGCUCAAUGAGUCACCCAGUAAACUCCAAAUUGAUGUCCCAGUAGAACUUACAGCAAUUAAUGGUGUUUCUUACAACAAAAAUCUUGCCAAUGGCAAUUGUGAUUUAGUUACCAGAGACUUUUGCCAAGGAAAUCAGCUGAAUUACUGCAGGCAGGAAAUACCUGUACAACCAACUACCUCAUUCCCCAUUCAGAAUUUAUACAGCAGUGAGAACCAGCCCAAGCCCAGCAAUGAAUGUACUCUACUGAGUAAUAAAUACCUUGAUGGAAAUGCUAACAAAUCUACCUCAGAUGGAUGCCCCAAAAUGGCAGUGACCACCAGUACUUCAGAAGCUCUUAAUCCCGCAAUAGACGGAAUGGAUUCUGAAAAGAGCCCUUCCAAUGGGUACUCCUCAAAAACCCUUGGCCCUAACCCUGGUCUCAUUCUUCAAGCUCUGACCCUUUCAAAUGCUAGUGAUGGAUUUAAUCUGGAACGGCUUGAAAUGCUUGGUGAUUCCUUUUUAAAGCAUGCCAUCACCACAUACUUGUUUUGCACUUAUCCUGAUGCUCAUGAGGGACGCCUGUCAUAUAUGAGAAGCAAAAAAGUCAGUAACUGUAAUUUGUAUCGCCUGGGGAAGAAGAAGGGGCUUCCUAGCCGUAUGGUGGUAUCUAUUUUUGACCCCCCUGUCAACUGGCUUCCUCCUGGUUAUGUAGUAAACCAGGACAAGAGUAACACAGACAAAUGGGAGAAAGAUGAAAUGACAAAAGGAGAGGGCUUGUUGCCUAAUGGUAAAAUUCCUGAUGAUUAUGAUGAGGAGGAAGAUGAAGACCUAAUGUGGCGGUUACCCAAGGAAGAAGCUGACUUUGAAGAUGAUUUUUUGGAGUACGAUCAGGAACAUAUCAAAUUCAUUGAUAGUAUGUUAAUGGGAUCAGGGGCUUUUGUGAAGAAAAUGUCUCUCUCACCCUUUUCAACCACUGAUUCUACUUAUGAAUGGAAAGCACCCAAAAAAUCAACCCUGGGUAAUGUUCAGUUUUCAUCAGAUUUUGAUGAUUUCGACUAUAGCUCUUGGGAUGCUAUGUGCUAUCUGGAUCCUAGCAAGGCUGUCGAAGAGGAUGAAUUUGUAGUAGGCUUCUGGAAUCCGUCAGAAGAAAACUGUGGUGUUGAUGCAGGAAAACAGUCUAUCUCGUAUGACUUACAUACAGAGCAGUGUAUUGCUGACAAAAGCAUUGCAGACUGUGUGGAAGCCCUGCUGGGCUGCUAUCUGACCAGCUGUGGUGAAAGAGCUGCUCAGCUUUUCCUUUGUUCGUUAGGGCUAAAGGUGCUCCCUGUAAUUAAAAAAACUGAUUGGGACAGCACUUUGUGUUGUAAGAGACAGAAUUUUAUCGGUCAGCAGAAGACUCUUUCACCAAACUGUGCUUCCACCUCUGUAGCCAGUUUGGAGUCUUCUCUGUAUAAAGACUUGGAGUACGGCUGUUUGAAGAUUCCACCAAGGUGUAUGUUUGAUCAUCCAGAUGCUGAAAAAACCCUGAAUCACCUUAUAUCUGGCUUUGAAAACUUUGAGAGGAAAAUUAACUACAGUUUUAAGAACAAGGCUUAUCUUCUUCAGGCAUUUACUCAUGCCUCCUACCAUUAUAAUACCAUUACUGAUUGUUACCAGCGUUUGGAAUUCCUGGGAGAUGCAAUUUUGGACUACCUCAUAACCAAGCACCUUUAUGAAGACCCACGACAACACUCUCCAGGAGUUCUCACUGACUUGCGAUCUGCUCUCGUCAACAAUACCAUUUUUGCAUCAUUAGCUGUAAAGUAUGACUACCACAAGUACUUCAAAGCUGUCUCUCCUGAGCUGUUUCAUGUUAUUGAUGACUUUGUCCAGUUUCAGAUGGAAAAGAAUGAAAUGCAAGGAAUGGAUUCUGAGCUCAGAAGAUCUGAAGAGGAUGAGGAAAAAGAAGAAGACAUUGAAGUACCAAAGGCCAUGGGAGACAUAUUCGAGUCGCUUGCUGGUGCCAUUUAUAUGGAUAGCGGAAUGUCUUUGGAAAUGGUUUGGCAAGUGUACUAUCCUAUGAUGAGGCCAUUAAUAGAAAAAUUUUCUGCAAAUGUGCCCCGUUCCCCAGUACGAGAGCUGCUGGAGAUGGAACCAGAGACUGCCAAAUUCAGUCCUGCAGAAAGAACUUAUGAUGGAAAGGUCAGAGUAACUGUGGAAGUUGUGGGGAAAGGAAAGUUUAAAGGUGUUGGCAGAAGCUACAGGAUUGCCAAAUCUGCAGCUGCAAGAAGAGCACUACGAAGCCUCAAAGCAAAUCAACCUCAGGUCCUAAACAGCUGAGACUCCUCUUAAAAAUAAACAAAUGAAAUUGAAAAUUAAAAAAAACACACACACAAAUAAAAUUUUUAAAAAUUUUAAAAAGUUGAUGUUGAGAGGAACAAAUUGAAGACAGAAUUUAAAGUUUGUUUGAUAACUGAAUAGAUAGCAAAACAUUUAACAUGUAUAAAAUUUUGGAACUAAUUGUAGUUAGUUUUUUGCGCAAACACAAUCUUGUCUUCUUUCCUCACUUCCGCUUUGUUUAAUCACAAGAGUGCUUUAAUGAUGACAUUUAGCAAGUGUUCAGAAUAAUUGUUGUCAGGUCUUUUUGGUUGACUUUUAUUGUCAGUACAGCUUUGCUUAGUAUUAGAAGGCCAGGGAGCUUAUGCCUAAUGCAGUUCCUAGAUUUAUAUAUAGUAAUCUUGAAAUUCCUCAAUCUGUGCACUAGUGCCAGUCAUAAAGCAGUUUGUAAACUGUAUUGGAUGAUUUGGUAUAAGAGAGAAUAAGUGUGCCAGUAUUGUCCUCUUUUUUCCUUGUCAUCUUUGCAUUAAGAUGACAUUCCCAAUCAUUAUUGCACUUAUUUGUUAGGGACAGGUUUUUAAUUCAAAUGGGUGGCAUACUGGUAAAAUGAAAUUUCAGUGUCCUGAUGCCACAUUGUCUUGCAUAAAAAAGGUUCUUGCCUUAAAUAAACCCUCAUAAGUAAUUAAUUUCUGACCUUUUUGGAACAAGCUAUUUUACAUUCCCUUCAUUUUAUUAUGCAUUUUACAAUGAUACAGCUCUAUAUUUACAAUACAACUCAUUAGUAUAGCUGUGACUUUAACUUAUUACAGGAUUAUAAUAGAAAUUGUAUUCAUAUAUAUGUAAUUAGGUUAUUUUUAACAAUACAGAGGAGGUGGUUAGUCUACAGAUUUUUUUUUAAUACCAUAAACAAAAUAUGGUCUUUGGCUAAAAUUCCAAUUUUACACAAACCUGCAAGUUAGAUAGUUCUGAUACUGGAAACAUAGUAGUGAGUAAAUUGCACAGUUCAGACUUGCUGUAACAAAAUAACCUUAGACAUAUCACACCUAAAAUAUGCUGCAGAUUUUAUAAUCAAUUGGUUACUUAUUUAAAAAAAUGGAGCACCUUUACACUUAGAGAGAUUUCCACAUGAAUUUCUUACUGUACUUUUCAGAGUUGCAUGCAUAUUUCACCUACCAAAGCUGUGCUGUUAAAUGCCAUGAAAGUUGAUGUUUGAGAUAAACUGCCGUACUUUUGAUACAUCUGUGAUUUAGGUCCUUAAUUUAGAGAACUAGCUCAUUGUUUCAGUCUGUUUUGGGGAGGGGGGAGGGGAACAUACUUUUUAGGCUUUUGCCUAUAUUUCUUUAACUAGAUUUUUGUAGGCACUCUUCACUUAAAUACCUCAGUUCUUUUUCUUUCUUUCUUUCUCUCUCUCUCUCUCUUUCUUUUUCUUUCUUUUUUUGCAUGCAUUGUUUUUCUGUUUUGGUGCUAUGUUUAUAUAUUAUGCUUGAAAUUUUAAUUUUUUGCACUGUAACUAUAAUACCUCUUAAUUUACCUUUUAAAAAAGCUGUGGGUAGUCUUGCACUCCCACCAAUAUCAGUAGAGGUUUGCUGCAAUUUUGCCCUGUUAAUUAUGCUUGAAGUUUUGAGAAAGCGGAGCAAGGUGUGUUAAUGUUUUCCAGCACAUUGGUCUGAACUUGAUGCUGUUUUAUGUGUUAAAUUACAAAUAAAUACUGUAUUUCCUGCUUUUAAAGCCCCACUCUCCCCUCACAAAUGCACGCUAAAUAAAUAAAUAACCUGUCAGCUCUAGCUUUCUUAAAAAAAAAAAAAAAUUCUGUGUGGCAAAGGAUGGUCAUUAAGCUUCUCUGAAAUACAGAAAUUUUUUAAUUCGUUUUUUUCUAUCCAGGUUUUCUUUUAUUCAUUUGGAAUUCUAAUAGUUCUUAUGGGAAUCUGGAAGUAGAAUUAAUUUCCUCAUAUGGAUUGUAUAAUAAUUUUAAUAUUUGCAAGAAAACAUUUCUUUUAGUGAUUGAGAAAAGAGAGCAUCAUAUCAAGUUUAAAUCUUGCAAAUUUUGAAGCUAAUCUUGUUUUAUGCAAUAAAAUUCUACGUAAUAAAUUGCUAUAAACAAAUCCCCAGUUAAAAUCUACUGGUAACUUAUAACUAUUUUUUGUUCCAGAAGUCAAGAUUCUGCAGCAUGUUAAUAAUUUUGGUACUUGGUCUAGGAAUCUUUUUUUUGAAGAUGCAUCAUCUGUAAAGCUUUUCUUACAAAAAAAAAAAAGUUAAUUACAUUAAAGUUGUCACUAUAAAAAAUCUUUUGUGACUCCUUUAAGAAAACAAGUUUGUUACUUGGAACUUGGGAGGUCAUGAGAUCUCAGGGUUUUGAGGUAUAUCAGUUAGCAGUAAAUUGAUAGGAAAAUCCACUUGCUACCAGGUGUUUUGAUGUAAAAAAAAAAAAAAAGUAACUGAAUUUGGUUAUUCUUCUCUGUAUUUCAGAUGUGUUCAGUGAUCCCUUUGUUAUUAGAUAAAGCCUAUGAAUUGGACAUUUGAAAUGUGCAGUGGCUGACUGUAAAGUAGUUUCUGCUGCUGAUGCAUUUUUAAAUGCCGUAAUUUCUCUUCCAGUGUGACCUCAUUGAAAUAAUUCAUAUCCUUUGAGAGAGAAAAGUCAUCUUAGUUUCCAUGCUGUAGAACUGUGUCUUACCCUUCAGUUGAUAUGAUUGUGAUAUGGGACAGUGUAUGAUAUUAAAGACCUAAAUCUGAUAAUUUGAAGUUUGGGAUAGAAAUCGCUUGAUGUGCUAUAAGCACAAGUGUAAGUGGACUGUUGCAACCCAUCUUCAAAAGCAACCACACAGACUCCUCAUGAAUAGUGUGGGGGUUAGUUGGCAUGAACCUGUUUUUGUUCUUCUUAGUCCUAUUAUACUGUACUUUAAACAGUCCUCCUAACUAUGCUGCAUUUUUAUUUUUAUGGCUUUUUUUGCGCUGUUCUGUUCAUGUAGCACAAAUAAGCAUUGCACUUGGUACCAUGCUUUACCUCAUUUCAAGGAAAAAAUAUGCUUAACAGAGAGGAAAAAUGUGGUUUGGCCUUGCUGCUGUUUUGAUUUACUGAAUUUGAAAAAGAUAAUUAUAAUGCCUGCAAUGUGUCAUUUACUUGCACAACUUAAAUAGGUCAUUUGUAAUGUCUGUGGCAUUUUUACUGUAUGUGAAAAAUACAACUAAGAUGUGCUAUGAAACUCUUGAUUGUAUUUUAACACUAUUGUUUUUUAUUACAUCAUUUUUACUGUUAUGUGAAGUAAUUAAAAUUAGAAUGACCUCUGACACUCCUGUAAUUAUCUCUGAACAAACCAACAUGUUAUGCACAGUGUAGUUUUUUGCUACAAGACAGCCCCUAGUAAUUUGGUCAGCUUUAACUAAAUCUCCCUUCUUUCUGGAUAUCAAGGGCCAUGUACUGACUUCUGAAGUGUUUGUUCAGCUUGAUGCUGCUAAAGUUCAUAUAAAAAGGCCUACUAUUUUUUUCAGUCUCAUUAGAUGAAGUUACACUGACUGCAGAGUACAGAAUUUAACAGGAGUUCAAGCCAAUCUGAGUACAAGCUCAGAGCUGAAUUCAGGGUCUCAUAGACUUGGGGCCAGAUCCUCAGCAGGUAUAAACUGGCCUCACUCCAUUGAAAUCUGGAACCACAUUGGCUUACCUCAGUUGAGGAUCUAGUCUAUUCCAGAACUUAGAUUUCUGUCCUUGUACAUAAAUACACCAGUGUUUCUUAUACUGGGACAUGCAGUGAACUUCUAGAGGGUAUGUGAGAGGAAGAAAUGAAAAGCAGAAGAAAGAAAAAGGGAAAUGUAAAUGGGAGAGAGAAAAAAAUGAACAGGUGUCAGAUAUAUCCCUGAGGUGGUUGGAGAGGUUAGAGUGUGGUUCUGGUGACAGUGUUACUUUUUUAUUAUCCAUAACUUGGAAUCAUAAGGACACACAGCAGUAGGACUCAAAAAAGGGGUGUGCAAGCCAAGAAAGUUUCAGAAGCACUGAAAUAGAGCCUCCAACUGGGGAAUGUGUUCUCAUGUGUACACUGUACCGAUUGUACACACCUAUUUACAUAGAAAAUACUAGAGAAUUUGGAUCCCAGUCUCGACGGUGCUUGGAAACUGGAAAACAUCAAAUUCUUUUGUAAUUUGUUGUGAUUUUACAUUUGUCUGUUUUGCCCAAAUCCUGUUAAUCUUUUUUUCAUACAAGCAUUUGCAUGGGAGUUCAUGAAUUUGUUGUAUGAUUAAUAUGAGAAGGAUUUUGACUUUGGUACUUGAUAUCGAGACAUAUUGUUCAACCACUUUUUAAUUUUCAAGAGGUUAAAAUGAUUUUACACAAUGAGUUCUUAAACAUCUGAAACACUACAAUUAUGACCAUGAAAUGUAAUCCAAAUAUCAACUGUAGCGCCAUCAAAAUUAUGUAAAAAAAAUAUUUAUAGAGGUCAUUGCACUGUACUCCACGAGCAAUUAAUUUUAACUUAUCUCAGCAUCUAAAAGUGUGUGUACAUUUUAUCCAAUGAAUUGCAUAGUUUUCUUCCCUUUUUAAUUUGUCUAGCAACCACAGACUAUUUAAAUUGCUUUGUAGAUGCAUUCAGAAUUUACUAAAGCAGCAAAUUGCAUAGCAGAAAAAAAUGUUUGUGAACAAGAAUUGGAAAUUGCAGGCAUUUUUAUUGUAAAUAGUUUUGACAUAAAAGAUGGUUAAAAUCAAGUAGAAUGAAUAACAAAUAAUUUGAUGGAUGGACAAUAAAAUAUUUACCAUCACAUGCUGCAGCUGUCUUUAAGGGACAUAAAAUGUAAUUCAUUCAUACUGUAAUCAUGCUGCAGAAAUUUGCAGUCUGCACCUUAUGGAUCACAAUUACCUUUAAUAGUUUUUUGUAAAAAUUGUAGCUGAGUAUAUCUCCAAUAAAGUUAUGGUCUGUUCA